GAGAGAAGCGAAUUAGCUGAACUUCGUGCUUCCUCUGUUCCUCCAUCCGUAUCCUCCCAUGGAUCUUCUCUCUUGAUUUGACCCAGAGAGAGAGAAGUAGUGAUCUUGGUCGAUUGCUUCGUCGCUGCUGCCUGGUGGGUUUCGCCCUCCGAGGGGGUGAGGUAUAGAGUGGUGGGUGGGUGGUGGGUGCGAUGGCGAUACUGUACGCGCUGGUGGCGAGGGGAUCGGUGGCGCUGGCGGAGUUCAGCGCGGCGGCGACGAACGCCAGCCAGAUCGCCCGGCAGAUCCUCGAGAAGAUCCCCGGCGCCCACGACAGCAACGCCUCCUACUCCCAGGAUCGCUACAUCUUCCACGUCCGGCGCACCGACGGCCUCACCGUCCUCUGCAUGGCCGACGACACCGCCGGCCGAAGAAUUCCGUUUGCCUUUCUUGAAGACAUCCAUCAGAGAUUUGUUAGGACGUAUGGCCGUGCAGUUCUUUCCGCUCAGGCUUAUGCCAUGAAUGAUGAAUUUUCAAGGGUUUUAAGCCAGCAAAUGGAAUAUUAUUCCAAUGAUCCAAAUGCGGAUAGAAUUAAUCGGCUGAAAGGUGAAAUGAGUCAGGUCCGAAAUGUCAUGAUUGAGAAUAUUGACAAAGUUCUGGAUAGAGGUGAUCGCUUGGAAUUGCUGGUUGAUAAAACUGCCAACAUGCAAGGAAACACCUUCCGGUUCAGAAAGCAGGCUCGUCGCUUCAGAAGUAAUGUAUGGUGGAGAAAUGUGAAGCUCACGGUUGCGCUUGUUAUUCUCCUUUUGGUAAUUGUUUAUGUUGUACUAGCCUUUGUGUGCCACGGCCUUGCUCUACCAUCCUGCAUAAAGUGAUGAUCAAAGAUUGGUGAGCUCUUGAGUAUUUUUCUCCUUGCGAUUGAUUUAUCCUCCCCUGUUUUUUUGUUCUUUGUAUUUAGGUGAAAUUGGGGAUUGUUGUAAGGUGUUUGGGUUCUCUUAUCCAGGAUCUGAAGUACUUCCUUGUGUGGUCGUGUGUGUUUCUAAUAGAGAGUAGAAAGAGAUUUAGGUCUCUCAUCUACCGUAUUGUGGCUUGAUGAGUCAAGACCAACAAAUUUUUCUGGUGUAAAAUCAUAGAGAUUGCUUAGACUCUGGAUUCUUUUCUUCAAUGAUGAAAGUCAGCCAAUCUAGGGUA